GCAAAUUGUGAAAAACGUAGUGUUUUUAGAAAUAAUAGAUUUGUUCAUAUCCGUGUAUUAGGAUCUGUUUUUAUAGCAUGUUCGUGCACUCUUGUGCAGGUCUUCAAGGACUAAGGACUAAUGAGUUCAUGGACUAAUGACAGUGAUGAGAAACAGAUCUCACAUCUGUUACAUCUUUCGUCCAUAGAGUUCUUUUUUUUGUUAACAUGCAGUAGGUCACUGCAGUGGAAUGAGGAAGGGAACACAUUUGCUGAGAGAACAAGAUUACACAAAUUGAAAACAGGCAAUGAACCAAAAUGCAAUGUUUCAGAGCAAUUCAGGUGCAAUGCCUCAAAACAAACCUUAACACAUUUUAAACAUAUUACUUUUCACAGCCAUGUAAAUCAUAAUAUCAUAAUAUAUAUUUAUCACCAUGUGAACUGGGAGAAAAAAAGAGGAGGGACGAGACUGACUCAACAGACUGACUCAUGCUUUGGCCUGUACAAUUAUGGUCCACUGGGGUUUGUGUGGGGAGUUAAGGGAAGGAAGGAAACAUCAACUUUAUGGGAGGACUCCAAUCAAAGCUGCAGGGAAAGUUUGGAUUUUAGCACCAGCAGAAAGAUCCUGAACAUGUCUCAGCUACAAGAAGAGGGAGAGGAGGGCAAGAUAAAGAGGCCAGAGGUGAGAGAUGAGGACCUGAUAAAGGCGAGGGAUAACCUGGCGUUCGGGACUCAAGUGAAGAGUAAGACUUUUGAAGUGAUGGAGGAAUGUGAACGUGUGGGGAAAGUCGCUCCAUCUGUGUUCAGUAACGCUCGAUCAGGAGGAGAGACCGCGUUCAACAAACCCAAGAAAAAGUAACAUGGAAAUUUACACAUUUGAAAUUUCUGUUGUAAAUGCUGAAAUAAAGUGAUGAAUAAAAAUGGUUCAUGAUGUUA